GAGCAGGAAUAUGCGCUGGCUGUUGUUAAAUUAUUAGAUAGGUAAUUAUUUAUUUAUGCUAUACUUCAUGGAUUGCACGGAGUACUCUCAUAUUUUCAAUUUUCAAUUUGGACGACAGUUCGCUUUACGGCAAAAGGGGAGGAAUAACAGUCUUGCCACUGCCAGUCAACGUGAUCAAGGCUUAGACGUGAUCAAGAAUUAGCUAUUUAAAAUUUGUAAUUUGGUUGUGAACCUCCGAGAACUACGAAUAAGGAUUGCUUAACUGUGAACGUAUUCAUCUAUCCGAGAGAUACCCGCUACCAAGAAAGGGAAAUCGAAUUGACCUGUGCGAGACAUAUCUGAAGAUGGAUAAGGACCCUGCUGGAUCGUCACCUAGCGUCGGGUCCAGGGGCGGAGGAGGUCUGGGCGGCUUAUUCAGACCAGCAAGUCCGGGUUAUUCCAGUUCAGAGCUGGCUGGUGUGCCGUUGACAGGAAUGAGCCCCCUCUCGCCAUAUUUAAAUGUCGACCCCAGGUAUCUUACCCAGGAUGUGGAUGAAUUCAUUUUGCCAACUGGUGCCAGCAAGACCAGAGGUCGCUUUGAGCUGGCUUUCUUCACAAUUGGAGCAUGCUGUAUGACAGGUGCACUUUUUGGAGCCUUCAAUGGGAUUAGAAUGGGACUGUCUGAAACCAAGCAUAUGGCCUGGUCUAAACCUCGAAAUGUACAAAUGCUGAACCUGGUGACCCGGCAGGGUGCGACUUGGGCGAACACUCUGGGUUCACUGGCUCUGUUGUACAGUGUGUUUGGGAUAAUCAUAGAGAAGACCAGGGGAGCAGAGGAUGACCUCAACACUGUUGCGGCUGGGACAAUGACCGGCGUCCUCUACAAAUCCCCAGGGGGCAUCCGUGGAGCAGUCCGAGGAGGUGUACUUGGACUAGCACUUUCAGGACUUUAUGCCGUGUAUAAUAACUGGGACCACCUGAAAGGCACUUCCCCCACUCGCUACUGAACCAGAGAGACCAGAGUAGCCAUGUUGUUACACAGACCCUAUCGGUGUUUAAUUUUGAUGGGAAUCUAAAUUUCUCGACACAUGCUGCAUUUCAUUUCAUCAUACAAGGCCAUUUUUUUACAAACAUGAGUAGUACUGGAAAUGCUUGCUGGGCUUGCUGGGUGUAACUUAUGCCUGUGAGUGAUCCUUCAUGAUGCAAUAUAUUUUGCAGUUGAACCUGGAGAGAGGCCCCAUUUAACUGAUCUGUAGAAUAUAUAUAUUUCAUACCUGCCAUUUCUGGUGCCGUUGACAGGUUUGUGUGUGCUGUCACCCUGGCCCCCAGCUACAUUGAACUCCAGCCUUUCACUCUUUACAGUUCUACAGCUACUCCUCAAAGUGCAGCUGAUCAAAAGUGUCACAGGAUUUAAUGUGACAGUCAAUUCAGAAGCCAUUAAAAUUAAUUAAUCCAUAUGUGAAUUGAUAAAGUUGGUCUUAUUUAAAUAUAAUAGAGGCUUUAAUACUAAUCAUUACAUACAUGAAUGCCCAUAGUCAAGUACAUGAAAGUGAAGGAUGUACAAGCUGCAUUCCCUCUAUGCUUUACCACAUUUCUGUGUAAAUACCCUAUUAAAGAUGCCAUCAUGCAGUUUA